AUGCCUUCAGUCAAAGUAGUACAGCAGGGUCAGAGCAAGGAGCUCUCAGAGCCUCUCCCAGACCCGGGGACGUUCGAAGGCAUGCCUCGCGUCCGAGAAAUCGCAGGAAACCUAGGAGACCAACGCGUAAAAGACAAAGUCAUCAUCGUCACCGGCGCAAACUCGAUAAUAGGCAUCGGCCGCGCCUCCGCCCACCAAUUCGCCCGCAACGGCGCCCGCGCAAUCUACCUCUGCGACUUCGACUCCUCCAACCUCUCCGCACACGCCCACGAGCUCACCACGCUCUACCCCACCGUCGCAAUCCACACGCGCGCCUUCGACGCCUCCUCCGAACCCGCCGUCCAAGCCGUCAUCAACGAAGCCCUCUCCACCUACAACCGACUGGAUGUCUUCUUCGCCAACGCCGGCAUCAGCAGCUACGCGCCCUUCUGGGACACCGACGCCGCCGACUUCAUGAACCUGCUCAAGGUCAACACACUAAGCGUGUUCCUGGCCGCCAAACACGCUAGUCGCGCUAUGCUGAAGACGGGGCCUGAGAAAAAGUUCCCCCAGGGUAGUAUUAUCGCGACGGCUAGUGUGGCGGGGUUGAGGUCUAAUGCUGGGCCCACGGAUUACUCGGCUAGUAAGGCGGCGGUUAUCUCGCUUAUGCAGACGUGUGCGUAUCAGCUUGUUGGGACGGGGGUUAGGUGUAAUGCGGUUUGCCCCGGACUCAUCGAAACGGGUAUGACGAAGGUCAUCUACGACGGCGCAAGGGCGCGCGGGUCAGAGGGCAAGAUCGGGCAGCUGAAUCCGCUGAGGAGGGGCGGCCAGCCUGAUGAAAUUGCGCGCGCGGUGCUGUUUUUGGCCAGCGACGAGAGUAGCUAUGUUAAUGCGCAGGCGUGGGCUGUGGAUGGCGGGUUGAGUGGGGGACUGCCGUAUGUGCCGGGGAAGUUGGCGUAG